AUGUCACCAUCCUCAUCCAACACAGGAAGGGAAGAUCCUGAUCACAAUGCUAAUCACAAUGCUGGAAAUGGAGAUACCAUCAUAUCAAUCCCCUUUGAGGAUGAACGUUCAAUUCGGUACAUUAAUACUCAUACUCCCAGUCAAAUUACCACACCUGAUACAAUCCAGUUACCUGGAUUCACUUACAGACACGAUGACUCGAAUGAGGGUUCACUUCAAGAUAUUUACUCAAGCUCAUUGAUAGUUCAUGAUCCGUCUAGAGAAGAUGAAGAAAGUAAUAUAGGUAUCAUGCAAGCUUUGACACUUACGGAUACACGACUCCUCAUUGAUCAAGAAGGCCCUUACACCAACGCUAACUCAACAAGCACUGAAACAGCCGAGAACGUUGAAGCUGGCGUUGAUCAGAAUCCAAGUACUACCCCAGAAGAGGAAAUCCCUUCCACGUCCACCCACGUUCACGUCCACGUCCACGUACAAACCCUUAAUUCCUUAUGUCCGAUUCAAACAACCCUCAUACAUCUCCAACGAGAGAUAUCCAACAUAUAA